AAUAAAUUUAGCGGAGCAUUGUAUUCGUGUUUGUAUACGUCUUGUUGCACUCUUCUUCCAGUCCAUGUUGAUUUCAAAACUCAAUUUACAUUCCAUCUUUGGUUCAAUCAAAAGUGAAGCAAGCACAAACAACCCUCACCGACCCAUCAGUGCAGUCAGUGGGCAAAUCGUUUGGAUGUUUCGCGGCGUACUUCUAUGGUCGUACCGCGAUAGCUUCUGCUUAAUCGUGUUUUACACUGCCUCGAAGCAGGAGGCAUCCUCACGGUUGCAGCAUGGAGAUGAAAACAUUGCACAAUAAGCGCUCCUCGCUCGUCAAGACUGAGCUGCCUGAAAAUGGUUCGGACGAAAAUGGUUACAAAGGUGAAAGUGGACCGGAAACGCUGAAGCCAGGCUCGAAGAUUCGACCCAUCGUGACCGAGGAAGGUGUUCGGAAGCUGGCGGAGCGACUCUAUGGGAUCAUUGUGCUGGAGAUGUGCGAACUGGACUCGUACGAUGAUAAGAACUUCCUCAUUCAGGCUGACAGACAUAUCAAGAACCCAAUUCUCAAAACGGUCAGCCCCAAUGGUUAUGUGCUCAAAAUCGCCAACACGUUGGACUCCAAGGAUGAGAGCUUCUUCGAUGCACAGUCGGAGGUUAUGAUGCUGCUGGACAAACGAAACAUUAGCUGCCCUCGGCCAGUGCAAAAUAUCUUUGGGAAGUAUCAUUCGGUUGAAACACUCGGCGAAAGCAAGCAUGUGGUUCGGUUGCUCGAAUACAUUCCCGGGAAGGAGUUCCACGGGGUGCCCCAUCCGGAUCAUAUGUUCUAUCAGGCGGGAAUGUUCAUCGCCAGAGUGGAUGCUGCUUUGAAGAAUUUCACACACGAGGGUAUCCUCAAGCGUAAAUCCAUCUGGAUGUUGGAUAAUUUCCUGCAGCUGAAGGACUUCCUGUAUGUGGUGAAAGAUGAACAGCACAAAGAUAUGAUUGAGUCUAUUCUGGAGGCCUACGAAAAACGCAUUGUUCCCAACCUUGACCAAUUCGAGCGUGGCGUUAUCUAUGGAGAUUUCAACGAGCACAACAUCAUCGUUAGCCGAAAGGAGGAUAAUCCCAAAGAGUACAAUAUCGCCGGCAUAAUUGACUUCGGUGAUGUUUGCUAUUCAUUGUACGUGUUUGAGCUUGCAAUCGCGAUGACUUACAUGAUGCUCGAAGCGAAUGAUCUGGACACUGGUGGGCUGGUGAUUGCCGGAUACAAUAUGCUACGAAUGGUUCCGCAGCAUGAGAAGGACGUUCUCAGGGUUGCAAUCGCUGCUCGGCUUAGCCAGAGUUUGGUUCUGGGGCUGUAUACCGCUACGGUCGAUGAGAACAAUCAGUACAUUCUGUCCACACAGGCCCGCGGUUGGACUUUGCUCGAAGAUCUGUGGCGCGAGGAGGAUAAGGCGAUGCUGGAGCGGUGGGAUAAAGUGGCCGAUGAGUAUCUGACUCGGAGUGAGAAAUAAUGCGAUGAGGACACGUACAGAUUUCCAAAUAUAUGCUGAAACAAAAUGCCUUUUUUAAAGCAAAAUAAUGUAGAAAAUGGAUGCAAUUACCACAGCUUUAACAAUAUAAGUGUAUACGGUCAAUUAGUCAGUGAACGGCAAGCUAUUUUUACGUAUUUAGUGUGUAGUUAAGUGAAUAUACAAUUAUUUCUGAAAA